AAUUAUUUGAUUGAAUGUUUCUUGAGCUCAUAGCUAGUCAAAGAAGAAAUUAAAAGGCAUGACUUCAGAACCUUAUAAAAUAUGAAUUUUUCCAUUUCACAACGAUCAUACUAUAAUGUCUGCUCCAACAGAAAAUCGUAGCCUAUGGAGAGACAUAAUUAUAUCAACGAGGAACAUAUCCGAAGCUAAUUUUGGCCAUUUUCAUGCAAUUUCAAUCCUCUUUCUCUUACCUAUCUUUUUCACUCUAGUUGUAUAUCCUUGUUUCCACCUUGCCCUCUUUCAUCCCGAUAAUGUUUUCACAAGUUUUUCACUUUCCAAAUUCGAAAUUAUUGUACUCAUAGUGUACAUUCUGUUUUUGGUCCUGUUUUUCCUCUGUGCCGUAGCCACAACUAUAUAUAGCACGGUUCAAGCAUACCAUGAUAGACCUAUCAACUUUGUUUCGUCUAUUAAAUCUAUUAGAAAUUCCUUCUUCCCCCUUCUUUCCACCUUUAUCGUAUCGCAAACCAUCUUCAUUUCAAUCACUCUCCUUUUCUCCCUAGUCUUUGUUUUCAUAGUCCGAAUUCUUGAAUCUCUCAGACUAAUUGAACUCAAAUACAACUCGAAUCACUUGUUUUUUGUUAUUCCCACGUUGAUAGUGCUCGUACCAGUUCUGAUUUGGCUACAGGUAAACUGGUCAUUAGCUUAUGCCAUAGCAGUGAUUGAAUCAAAAUGGGGUUACGAAACACUGAGGAGAAGUGCAAAUUUGGUGAAGGGGAAGAGAUGGGUAGCUUUUUGGAUACAUAUGUAUUACGGGCUUGUGAUUGUAGUAACGGUGGUUGGUGGUGCCGUGUUUUUAGUCAGUUUGGGUGCAGCGAAGGGUAACCAGUGGAGGAGCUUCGGGGUGAUCCUGCAGACUGUGCUCGCUAUAGUGUUCGGAUAUGUGCGGAUGAAUCAGUAUCUUAUGGCAAACACGGUGUUGUAUAUGUAUUGCAAGGACUUGAACGAUGAAAAUUUGCCCUUGGAAACUGGAAGCGAGUAUGUUUCCCUGCCCUUGGAUGAAGAGAAGAAUGAUCAUGCCAUAAUAAUGUCUGCUCCCUCAGAAAAUCGUAGCGUAUGGAGAGACAUAAUUGCAUCAACGAGGAAUAUAUUCAAAGCUAAUUUUGGCCAUUUUCAUGCAAUUUCAAUCCUCUUUCUCUUACCUAUCUUUUUCACUCUAGUUGUAUAUCCUUGUUUCCACCUAGCCCUCUUUCAUCCCGAUAAUAAUUUCACAAGUUUUUUACCUUCCAAAUUCGAAAUUAUUGUACUCAUAGUGUACAUUCUGUUUUUGGUCCUGUUUUUCCUCUGUGCCGUAGCCACAACUAUAUAUAGCACGGUUCAAGCAUACCAUGAUAGACCUAUCAACCUUGUUUCAUCUAUUAAAUCUAUUAGAAAUUCCUUCUCCCCCCUUCUUUCCACCUUUAUCGUAUCGCAAACCAUCUUCAUUUCAAUCACUCUCCUUUUCUCCCUAGUCUUUGUUUUGUUAGUCCAAAUUCUUCAAGUUCUCCGACUAAUUGAACUCAAAUACGACUUGAAUCACUUGUUGUUCUUGGUUAUUCCCACGUUGAUAGUGCUCAUACCAGUUCUGGUUUGGCUACAGGUAAACUGGUCAUUAGCUUAUGCGAUAGCAGUGAUUGAAUCAAAAUGGGGUUACGAAACACUGAGGAGAAGUGCAAAUUUGGUGAAGGGGAAGAGAUGGAUAGCUUUUGGGAUACAUAUGUAUUACGGGCUUGUGAUUGUAGCAAUGGUAGUUGGUGGUGCCGUGUUUUUAGUCAUUUUGGGUGCAGCAAAGGGUAACCAGUGGAGGAGCUUCAAGGCCAUACUGCAGACCGCGCUCACUAUAGUGUUCGGAUAUGUGCUGAUGAAUCAGUAUCUUAUGGCAAACACGGUGUUGUAUAUGUAUUGCAAGGACUUGAACGAUGAAAAUUUGCCCUUGGAAACUGGAAGCGAGUACGUUUCCCUGCCCUUGAAUGAAGAGAAGAAUGAUCAUGCUAUUGUGUAAUUUGUUUAAUGACUCUAUGAAUCGUAUAAAAUUUGGUUUGUCUUCCUUAGAAA